CGCCCCGGGCACUGCCAGCCCGGCCCACCAGACCUGCGCUCUGCCGGGCGCCGCGGGCGGCCGCACCCGUAUCGAAGAGAGGACGGCGCUGCGGGGGCAACCGCGCACCUGGAAAGUUACAGGCGAGCUGGUUCUUGAGCAAAAUGGGAAAUGGUUCAGUGAAGCCAAAACAUUCCAAACAUCCAGAUGGCCACCCUGGGAACAUCACCAGUGAUGCCCUGCGGAGCAAGGUUAUGGAGCUGGAGAAAGAGCUGAAGAAGAAGGACACUGAGAUCCAGGAACUUAGGGAGCAGCUGUCCAAGCAGACCUCUGCCAUCGCUGAGCUCACAGAGGAGCUCCAGAGCAAGUGCAUCCAGCUGAACAAGCUGCAGGAUGUGGUGCAUGUGCAGGGAGGAAGUCCUCUACAGGCAUCCCCAGAGAAGGUGCCUCUGGAAGUUCACCGUAGGACCUCAACCUUGGUCUCUCUCCAUAGCAGAAGGGGAGCAAAGGCUGGGGUGUCCGCAGAGCCAACAACCCGGACCUAUGACCUCAACAAGCCCCCAGAAUUCUCCUUUGAGAAGGCAAGAGUCAGAAAGGACUCCAGUGAGAAGAAGCUCAUUACAGAUGCCCUUAAUAGAAACCAAUUUCUGAAGAGAUUAGAUCCUCAGCAGAUAAAGGACAUGGUGGAAUGCAUGUAUGGGAGAAACUACCAGCAAGGGAGCUUCAUCAUCAAGCAAGGGGAACCAGGAAACCAUAUCUUUGUGUUGGCAGAGGGCCGACUAGAGGUUUUCCAAGGGGAGAAAUUUCUGUCAGCCAUCCCUAUGUGGACCACAUUUGGAGAACUAGCUAUUUUAUACAACUGUACAAGGACCGCCUCUGUGAAAGCUAUUACCAAUGUUAAAACUUGGGCACUAGAUCGAGAGGUAUUCCAGAAUAUAAUGAGAAGGACAGCUCAAGCUAGAGAUGAACAGUAUAGAAACUUCCUCAGAAGUGUAUCCUUGUUGAAGAAUUUACCUGAAGAUAAAUUAACCAAGAUCAUUGACUGCUUGGAAGUGGAAUACUAUGAUAAAGGAGAUUACAUUAUUAGAGAAGGCGAGGAAGGAAGUACCUUUUUCAUUUUAGCAAAAGGAAAGGUAAAAGUCACACAGAGUACAGAAGGUCAUGAUCAGCCCCAGCUGAUAAAAACACUGCAGAAAGGAGAAUACUUUGGAGAGAAAGCUCUUAUCAGUGAAGAUGUCAGAUCUGCUAAUAUUAUAGCUGAAGAGAAUGACGUUGCCUGCCUGGUUAUAGACCGAGAAACAUUCAACCAGACAGUCGGGACUUUUGAAGAGCUACAAAAAUAUCUGGAAGGGUAUGUGGCAAACCUGAAUCGUGAUGAUGAAAAAAGACAUGCAAAGAGAUCCAUGUCUAACUGGAAGCUGUCCAAAGCACUCUCAUUGGAGAUGAUUCAGCUGAAGGAGAAGGUGGCCAGAUUUUCUUCAUCAUCCCCAUUCCAGAACCUUGAGAUUAUCGCAACACUGGGCGUUGGUGGGUUCGGAAGAGUUGAGCUUGUUAAAGUGAAGAAUGAGAAUGUUGCUUUUGCAAUGAAGUGUAUACGGAAGAAGCACAUUGUUGACACUAAACAACAGGAACAUGUCUACUCAGAAAAGAGGAUCCUGGAAGAGCUGUGCUCCCCCUUCAUUGUCAAAUUAUAUCGUACUUUCAAGGACAGCAAGUAUGUAUACAUGCUUUUGGAGGCCUGCUUAGGUGGAGAACUGUGGAGUAUACUAAGGGACAGAGGCAGCUUUGAUGAAUCCACCUCUAAGUUCUGUGUGGCUUGCGUGACAGAAGCAUUUGAUUACCUGCAUCGACUGGGUAUUAUCUACAGAGACCUAAAGCCAGAAAACUUAAUUCUUGAUGCUGAGGGCUAUCUAAAAUUGGUUGACUUUGGAUUUGCUAAAAAAAUAGGCUCUGGACAGAAAACAUGGACAUUCUGUGGGACUCCAGAGUAUGUAGCUCCUGAAGUCAUUCUCAAUAAAGGACAUGACUUCAGUGUGGACUUUUGGUCUCUGGGAAUUCUGGUGUAUGAGCUCCUCACAGGCAAUCCACCCUUUUCUGGAGUUGACCAGAUGAUGACCUACAAUUUGAUUCUCAAAGGAAUUGAAAAGAUGGAUUUUCCUAGAAAGAUAACAAGAAGGCCUGAGGACUUGAUUCGGAGGCUUUGCAGGCAAAAUCCAACAGAAAGGCUUGGAAACCUGAAGAAUGGAAUCAAUGACAUUAAGAAACACAGGUGGCUAAAUGGUUUUAACUGGGAAGGACUGAAAGCACGGAAUCUUCCAUCACCUUUACAAAGAGAGCUCAAUGGGCCAACAGAUCACAGCUACUUUGACAAAUAUCCCCCUGAAAAAGGAGUGCCUCCUGAUGAGCUGUCAGGCUGGGAUAAAGACUUCUGACUGAAAAAAAGUUGGCUAUUGCCACUACACCACUGAAGUGGACUAUGAGGACCAGUAACCCAACAUCAAUUAUUUUUCUCUUUGGAGUACCUUAAGAACAUCUUCAGAGAAAAGGAAAAAAAUCCCUGUCCGUGAGUGGCAAGUGGGUCAGAGUAGAUCUGGAGUGAAUCAUACCAUUUCAUGUAGAUACUGUGAAUUAUCCAUGUAUUUCAUCCAUCAUUUACUUUUCUCAAAUAUUGAAAGCCAUCACAUUUUUCUCACCAUAAUUAAGCUAAUUUUGUUGUUGAAAUGACAUUAUUUUCCCCAUUCUGUUGUUCCAUCCUAGUCAUAGCAUUUCCUUUGAGUCUGAAUAAGGUUUAAAGAGUCCUGUUCUAGAACAACUAAGUUAUACAAAUAGAAGGAAAAACAAGAUGCAGUUUGGAAGAUUUCCUCUGCUCUCAAUACCUCUGUGUAAACAUGAUAGCAUAUUGAAGUGGUGGUUUCCAGAAAUCUUGAUAGAUAAUAGAAGCUAUUGACUUUCACCUGCAUUCAUCCUAGAAUUAUAUUCAUAUGUUUCUGAUAUUUUCCUGGGGAAAGGUAAGUUUGAGAAUUAUUAGUCUCUGGUACUACUUCCUAGAAUAAAUGAGUCAAUUGAUCCAAUCCCAGUAAUGAUAUCCUAUUCAGUAACAUAGAAAAAAGUAAUAAAGCAAAAACUGUUUUUCAUUCUACUGUGACUAAUUGUGAUACCUCAGAGAAUUUUCAAAAGCCUUGGUAAAGAUAAGUAUAAUGUCUGGGGCCUUUAGGAAGGUGUUAUCUUAAAUUCUGAAUAUUUUUAUAGUCAAAGUGGAAAGUAUUCAGGAGUAAAUUGUGGAGAAUUUUCUUCCUGUUAAAUAUGGAGGAAAGUAUAUCUUAAUAGGAACGGUUGGUGACUCUUCAAAAAGCUGGGCUUUUUUUUUUUUUUUUUGCCACUUUCAUAGUUGUUGCUACUAGUAAACCAAAAGCAUACAAUAACCACAAUUGAUUUUAAUGUGCAAAUUUAGAUGCGUAAUAAUCACCACUGCAUUAAUAACUGUUUUUAGAAAGCACUUAGGUCAUAGAUAUGCUUAUACCUUUAGAUUUUUAAGGCAGGCAAGUCACUGGAGAAUGUUGGGAUUUGGGGGAGUAAAAGGAAGAGUCUCUACUGCCUAUUGUGUGUUUCUUGAGGUCUUCCAGGUAGUGAGUAUAGCCGUAUCAAUAACACUAGGUACCAGCACCUAAGGACUUUAUCAGUAUAUUAUUAUGGUACUACUCUGGUGUCCCAGUGUCAUGUCCAGCACUUCUUUCCAAAAUAAAUGGGAAGCAGACUUCCUGUGUAUCUCUUAGUUUUGGAAGAAUAGAUAGUAACAAUAUGUUUCUGAAUUAUUCAAGCUUCUGGUUAUAUUAUCAUAUGCUAAUGUUCUUUGGGGGAAAAAAAUCCAGAGAGAGAGAGUCAACUAUUUGCUUCUUGAAGCAUUAAAUCAGGUAGGUGAGACCCAGCCCAAGAAGGUACAUCCUUAACAAAUUGAAUUUCCACAUUUAGAAUCCUUUUGCUGAACCAAAGACUUUUUGUUUUCUGUAUUUUUAAAGACUGUGUAUUGUACAUAGAUGAGCCAUUUUUAUUAGACUACAUAACCUGCUCAAUGAAUUUAUAAGAUUUUUAAAAAGAUUUUAUUUGCGUUUGGUUUGUAUGCACUGUAUGCUUUUUCAUGUAUAUAUUUUAAAGUUACCCACCUAUAAAUGUAGGAAAUUUAUGUCUGAGUGAAUACUGGAAAUGUAUAGUUAUAAUAACGAAGAUCAGUAUCUAUAAUUCAAAAAAACUUACAUGUAUACAAAUAAAAACCAUCUUAGAGAA